AUGGCCUCCACCUCUACAGCCACGAAUUUGGCCUUAACAGUCAUCCGUGCCUCCGACGUGAAGUGGCAGUCUACCUUUCGCAGCAAACUGCCAAAUCUGUAUGUUGAGAUCGAGUUCAACAAUAAUAGGAGACGAACACCGACUAUCAAGGAGACCAUAGCCCCUGAAUGGAAUAAACAAUUCUCAAUUACACAUUUAUCCACAGGCCAAGGGACGGAGUUGCAAUUUCGACUCAAGCACGAUUCGUCACGUUGGGGAGACAAAUGCUUGGGCAAGGUCGACGUUGAGCUAGAUGACCUAUUAGACAGGUGUGCUGACGGCAAAGAUGUGGACCUUCGCCUUGACGUGCCUUGUGGCUCGGUGUCGACAGAAAUCAUUGCGGUCCUCCAUCUACGACUAGAGUUCGUCGAUUCGAUGGCAGGUGGCAGCCUUAACAUUGACGCUGCCGAACAUGCGAUCCAACAGAGUGGAAUUUCGACUUCAGCGGCUGCUUCCGAGUCUGGUCCUGUUACGGCUGCCAAUGCCACCAUCGAUCACUUUGCAGGGCACGCCGACCUGUACAAGUCUGUGGGAGCCCUCAUCUCAAAACUGGAUGUGUUUGUUCGCGCUAUGGACACAUUAUCGCAAAUUCACCCGUAUGCCAACUUUGCCUGGCAGCUGGUCUCUGCUCUGUACAAGACCGUCAAGCAGCAGUUUGAAGUUGACAAGAAAGUCGUCGAGCUUGUACACGCUAUGAGGGAUGCAUUUGAUUUCGUAGAACAAGCCAGUUCACUCCGAGAAAAGACAAAAAGGUUCAAGACUACGAUACUUCAACUGUUGAAACAAACCAACGAGUGCUCUCUCUUUAUUCAAGAAUACGCACGUCACAAGUUUGCAAGGCGUAUGACCAGGCUAAACACUGAUACGACCGUUGACGGAUACAUAAAGGCUCUCGAGGCGCUCAGGACAUCAAUUAAUUCAGAAACAAUCAUGAAUAUUGCGUUUGUCUCGUCGCGGAUCUCUUCAAAAGUCGAUGCACUUUUUCUGAAGGGUCGACUCAAUCCGGACGAGGCGAGCACAUUUGACCGACCACAAUGCCUUCCCGGAACGCGCGAAACUAUUCUUCACGAGAUCGUGGAGUGGGUAGCAUCGGGUUCAGAUCAAAAUGUGCUUUGGUUGUACGGUGUUGCAGGAUGUGGCAAGAGCACAGUCAGCGCGACGAUUGCGGAACUCUUCCGCGUCAUAUCUCGUCUCGGUGCCCAUCUUUUCUUUCAACGAGGGAAGAGUGAGCCCAGCUCCGUCAUCCGCACACUUGCUUACAAGCUCGCCUCAUUUGACUCCUCAAUUGCCAAUCACGUCAUCGAGGCGAUUGAGGAAGAUAGCGAUAUUGCUCAGGCUUCAGGGACUGUCCAAUUUGAGAAACUUAUCAAUGUCCCUCUUGUUCAUGCUAGAGAGGCCAUGCCGGGACCAGUCGUCAUUGUCCUCGACGCACUAGAUGAAUGUGGGACAGAGAAGAGUCGACAAGGCUUACUAGAACUGUUCCGAGAAGGACUGGGCAUUCUUCCGAAGAAUUUCCGAUUUCUCAUCACGAGUAGGAAGGAGAUGGACAUCGAUCGAGUGCUGAAUUCCCAGCCCGAAUGCAUUCGCGCUGUUGAGCUGGAACACGAUUCGACGACCUGCAAGGACGACGUGCGUUGGUAUAUAGAUCACGAGAUGCGUAAGGUAUUCACGAAGAAUCUGCUGACGAUCACGGAUGAUUGGGAAUGGAAAAUGGACCGUCUUGGAGAUGCGGCUGGUGGAUUGUUCGUAUGGGCUUCAACUGGGGUGAAAUUGGUGGAUUGUGUCGACCCGGCAGAGAAACUGAAGGAACUGACAGUAAAGUCAAAAAGCCUGUCUGGACUCGACCAACUAUAUGGCUCUGUUCUGAAAGGCUCGAACAUCCCGUUUGGCGACGAAGUGUCUAAGAUCCGAUUUUCACAGAUUCUCGGUUUGAUCCUACUUGGAAAGGUCCCGUUGUCCGACACUACAAUCGACAAGCUUCUUGAGUAUUCGGAUGAUAGACCAUCACGCCUUAUUCUCUCUCGCCUACAAUCUGUGUUCGUAUACAGUCCUGGAGCUCCCAUCCGCUUUUGCCAUACUUCCUUCCGCGACUACCUAAUAACACCUGGGCACGAACGUGACCCGUGGUUCAUCGAUGUCGAGUGUCAACAGAAGAUGCUUGCUUCGCGAUGUUUUGAUGUCAUGAGGGACAUGCUACGGUUCAACAUCUGCGACAUACAGUCAUCGUACAUUCCUAACGAGAAGAUCCCUGACCUUCCGGAUCGUGUCAAGGCGAACAUUCCUCCUCACUUGCAGUAUGCGUGUCUCUUCUGGAGCCAACACCUAUGCGAAGCUCGAUUCUCACACACGUUACUAGGCAAGCUGUCAGAGCUUCUCGAUGAACAUCUACUCUAUUGGCUCGAGGUGAUGACCCUCUUGAAACAGGUCAACGUCACUGGUCCAGCAUUUCAUCGUGCCAUGAAUUGGGUCUCGUCUCAUGAUGCCAACAUUCUAUCAUUCCUCAGAGAUGCACGCAGAAUGGUCACUCGACUUUCACUACCCAUUUCGCAGUCAACGCCUCAUAUUUAUGUAUCUGCGCUUCUGUUUGCAUCGAGGGAGUCAAAGUUUAUAGCACGUUACUUGAAGCCUGAUCUAUCUAUUGUACAAGUAGAGCAGAUGGGCAAGAAGCAGCAAUCACCACUCUUGAAGGAGCUCACAGGGAAUGGGGGAAUCCUCUCUGUUGCACUCCCGGCCGAUGGUACUCGUGUCGCCUCUGGUUCCUGGGAUAAUACAGUCCAAAUAUGGGAUGCUGAAAGUGGACGCGUCAUUUUUGGCCCAUUUGAAGGGCACGAAGAGGACGUACACUCUGUCGCUUUCUCGCCCGACGGCGUGCGCGUUGUUUCCGGAUCCCGUGAUAAGUCAAUAAGGAUCUGGGACGUUGAGAGCGGGCAGAUGAUUCAUGGGCCUAUGAAAGGACAUGAUGACGAGGUCCUUUCGGUUGCAUUCUCGCCGGAUGGUAAGCGUGUCGCCUCUGGAUCGGCCGACAAGACUGUCAUGGUCUGGUACGUUGAGAGCGGACAGGCCAUCAAGCGUUUCAAAGGGCAUGAAGACACUGUGCGUUCUGUUGCGUUCUCUCCAGACGGAACUCGCGUUGCCUCUGGUUCAGCAGAUGACACUAUACGAAUAUGGGAUAUCGAGAGUGGACAGACCGUUUGUAGCGCUCUUGAAGGUCAUUCAAGCAUUGUCACGUCAGUCGCCUUCUCUCAUGAUGGUACACGCAUCGUCUCAGGCUCGUGGGACUACACAUUUCGAAUCUGGGACGCUGAGAGUGGUGAUUGUAUUUCCAAGCCUUUUGAAGGACAUACGCAGUCUGUGACUUCCGUCGCUUUCUCGCCCGACGGUAAACGCGUCGUCUCUGGUUCGCAUGACAAGACAGUUCGAAUAUGGGAUGUUGAAAGUGGGCAGGUCGUUUCCGGGCCUUUUACAGGUCACAGUCACUACGUAUCGUCCGUUGCAUUCUCUCCCGAUGGUACUCGCGUCGUCUCAGGCUCAUGGGACAGCACGAUCCGAAUCUGGGACGCAGAAAGCGUACAGGCUGUUUCUGGAGAUUUCGAAGGACAUAUCGAUGGAGUAAAUUCAGUUGCAUUCUCGCCCAAUGGCAAACGUGUCGUGUCUGGAUCUGCUGAUAGUACGAUUCGAAUCUGGGACGCCGAAAGUGGACGCAUGGUCUUUGGGCCUUUCGAAGGGCACUCAUGGGGCGUCAGCUCUGUCGCGUUCUCACCGGAUGGAAGACGUGUUGCAUCUGGUUCUGGUGAUCAGACGAUCCGCUUGUGGGACGCUGAAAGUGGAAAUGUCGUUUCUGGACCUUUCGAAGGACACGAAGACUGGGUCACGUCUGUCUGCUUCUUGCCAGACGGAUCACGCGUUGUGUCUGGCUCCUAUGACAAAACGCUUCGAAUCUGGGACGUCGAGAGCGGAAAGGCGAUUCCCGGUCCUUUCGAAGGGCAUACAGACCAUGUUUACUCUAUUGCCGUCUCUCCCGAUGGGAGACGCGUGGUCUCUGGUUCCAAGGAUAAGACAAUCAUAGUCUGGGACGUCGAAAGUGGCGAAAUCAUUUCCGGGCCCUUGAAAGGACAUACAGAUGAGGUCCGGUCAGUGGCUUUCUCACCCGACGGCACAUGUGUCGCUUCUGGUUCUGGUGACGGAACAAUUUUGAUCUGGAAUGUUGAGAAUGGACAGGUUGUAUCUGGGCCUUUCGAAGGGCAUACAGGUUGUGUUUGGUCGGUUGCCUUCUCUCCCGACGGAUCUCGUGUCGUCUCAGGUUCCUUUGACUCAAUCCGUGUCUGGGACACAGAGAGUGGACAAGCCGUAUUUGCGCCUUUUGAAAGCCAUACGUUAGCUGUCUUGUUUAUCGCAUUCUCGCCGGAUGGAAGACGCAUCGUCUCUGGCUCCUUUGAUUGUGCAAUCAGGAUGUGGAAUGUAGAAGAUCCCAUCUUUGACUGGACAAUGGACGUAGAUGGAUGGAUACAUGGACGCAAUGGAGAGUUACUUGUGUGGAUUCCGCUUGAUCUGUGGACCGCGCUCUGGCGUCCUCAAAAUACUGCAGUGUUCAAUUGUGCAAUGAAAUUGGACUUUUCGAAUGCCGCUCUUGGUGAACGGUGGCAGGAAUGCUUUGAAGCACCUCAAUGA